GCCUUGCUUAGAGGCGGGGUGUGGGCGUGGUUUGAAGGGGCGUGAGUGGAGGCCGGCGCGCAGGCGCCGUCUGGUCGCGCGAGGCUUUAGUAACAUGGCGGCCACGUUCUUUGGCGAGGUGGUGAAGGCGCCAUGCCGAGCUGGGACUGAGGACGAAGAAGAGGAGGAGGAGCAGAGCAGGCGGGACACGCCGGAGGACCGGGAGGUCCGGCGGCAGCUGGCGCGGAAGAGGGAAGUGCGGCUUCUCCGAAGACAGACAGAAACAUCUCUGGAGGCUGUACUCCUAGAGACACACCCUUGCUCCAAGUUUAUAAUUGCAGUAGGAAGUAAUGCAGCAGCAUUUCUGUCAGCAUUUGUUAUGAACUCAGGAGUCUGGGAAGAAGUCGGCUGUGCGAAGCUCUGGAAUGAAUGGUGCAGAACUACAGACACUGUCCAUCUGUCCCCUACAGAUGUUUUCUGUGUGUUUUAUCAACUGAAAUCAGAUCCCUCGGUUUUUCUCUGUCAGUGUAGCUGCUACAUUGCUGAGGAUCAGCAGUUUCAGUGGUUGGAGAAGGUUUUUGGCUUCCGACCCAGAAAGAACAUGCAGGUAACAGUUCUUACAUGCCGGCACAUCACAGAAUAUAAGACCUCUGAGUCUACCUGCAGCCUUUCUUCUCCUUUCCUGAGAGCCCUAAAAACUCAGAAAUUCAAAGAUGCCGUGUGCUGCCCACUGCUGGAACAGCCGAACAUUGUGCAUGACCUGUCUGCGGCAGUUCUGAGCUACUGUCAAGUGUGGAAAAUCUCUGCGGUUCUGUAUUUGUGCUACACUGAUGUGAUGAAGUUGGACCUUGUCACGGUGGAAGCUUUUAAACCUGUACUUUCUUCCAGGAGCUUGAAAUGCUUGGUGAAGAACAUUCCUGAAAGCACAGAAAUACUGAAGAAAUUGAUGACCACAAAUGAGAUUCAGAGCAACAUUUACACAUGACCCCAAGUGGCCAAGACGUGGUUGUUCCAGGGGCAGUCACUACUGUUUUGUACUUUAGUGUGGCUUGGGAUGUUCUGAGGGUAAUAAAAAUUUUUAAAAUUAAUUGUAACUUUAUUUUCGUAAUGAUGACAUGUCUAUAACUGAAAAAUUAACAAGUCAGUCAUUUUUAUUAUGUGUUACAUGGAACUAUUGUUUGGUCAUUUUCUUUUUAAAAAUUUUUUAAAAAACCAUUAUUUUUAUUUUAUUGUAUAUGUGUGUGCAGUGUCCACAGAGGCCAGAAGGAUGCCUUGGGACUGGAUUUACUGAUGGUGUGACAAUGUGUGUGCCAGGGACUGAGCCCCGUCUUCUGCAAGGGCAGCGCUGCUUUAGCUGCUGAGUGUUUUCUCCGGCCCCUCCCUCCCUUCUUUCCUUCUCUCCUUUCUUCCAAAGGUGAUCCAAAUUUUUGAAAAGCUCUAGAUAUCAACAAGUUGUAUCAACAUUGGAAAGUAUAGUCAGGUCUAAAAAACUGAGCAUAUGUGAAAGUUGUUUCCUAGAUAAGGAAGGUUCUAGAGAUCUGUGAGAUUCUAUAGAUUUUGGUGAUUUUGUGGUUAAAAAAUUGGUGCUAACUUAAUAAAGUCUUACUUCCUCAAAGUGAAA